AUGGAUCCAGCAAUUUCAACUCAUCAAACGAGUGAUAUUGGGGUUCCUUCAGAUCUAGAAUCAACAACAAAUAUCGACAUUCAAUUAUCAGAUAACUCUACAGAGCAAACGUCAACAUCAUCUAUGUAUAAUGAAGAAUUAGCUAAUCAACUCAGCCAAGAUUCAAAUAUCAUUCCUGAAGUUGAUGAUGGUAAGCAUAUAUUAUAUGAUAGUUUUUCGAAUCAUAGUUUCUUUAAAACAGCUGAUAGACUUUUAGAUGAUCUAAUGAUUGAUUUAUCAUAUAUGCUUUUUAAUAACUCUUCAGAACACAUAAAUGAUAACAAUAAUAAUAAUGAUAACAAUCACAAUAACAAUAACAAUACUUCUAAUAGUAAUAAUGACACUAAUGAAAUUAAAACAUAUAUAAAUGGUAUCUUGAGAUUACCCUCUCAUCAAUACUCAAAAGAUCGAUAUUCUAAAUUUACUUUUGCAAUGGGUACUAUUGUAGAUCAAAUUAAUUUACAAACAAGAUUCGAAUUUAAAUCGGUAACUUGUCCUGAAUUUAAUGAUGUUCACGUUUUAUUAGGGGUUUUGAUGGAUAAUCGUUCACAAGCGCCUCUUGGAACAUUUUUACCAGUUUAUCAUUUUAAAAUAACUGUCAAGACUAGAUCAUAUUUAGAAAAAACUAAAAAACAUGUUGGCAUUUCACAUUUCCAUUUAAUUGAUUUUGAUGAUUUACAUGAGUUUGAUAAAAAGGAUUUGGAGAUUACUAAUCAUGACAUUAAUAAAAAAUCAUUGUUAGAUAGUGCCAUUUUUAUUUCAGAAGAUACAAAUAAAUUAGUAAUGUUAGAAAUCUUUAAACCAGAAUUUAACGAACUAGAAGAAAUUGAAAGUUUUUCUCAAGAGAGUAUUGCUGAAAGAUACAUAAACGCAUGUUCCAGAUUUCCAAAUUUAGAUCAACAAAAAAUUCCAACACAAUUGGAAUGUUUAAAUACUGUAUUUAAAAUUUUUAAAGGACCAUUAAAUCAUAAAAAUAUUAAUGAACCACUAAAGGCUAUCAAUGCAGAUAAUCCUCUAUUGAAUUCACAUUGGAAUCCAAAUUGGCUUUUAACCAAAUAUGGCUUUAUUGAAACAUUGGAUAAUAAUCCAGACACUCAAGAAGAAUUCAAAGAAUAUUUACCCCCUAAUUUGGCUGAUUAUAUUAAUGAUAUUAAUACACGUGCCCUCAGAGAAUCUUAUAUUAGAAAAUGUUUAGAAUUAAUAUUCAUUUCUAAGAGAAAUAUAAGUUUAAUGGGUCCAAAUGAUUUACAAUAUAACUCAAAAGCUAUUCGGUCGUUUAAUAUUCUACAAACUGUCUUUACUACGUCAUUCUGGCAUCAGUUUUUAUAUGAACAUAAGCCACAAUUGGAUACCUAUAAUAAAUUGGAUUAUGAAUACCAUUAUAUAAAUUUAUUAACCAGUUUUUAUUAUACGGAAAGGGAUAUCAUUAGAAAUUAUAAUUGUUUAACUGCACUUGAUCCAGUGAAUAUUGGAAUAUAUUACGAUGCCUUAGCUUAUAUAGCUCAAUCAAAAAAUUCCUAUCAAUUGAUUUCAUUUGUAUCUAAGCAAGAUGUCAUUGGUCAAGAAGCUUUGAAUCAAGCACUAACCUUGUUUAAUAUUGAUAACAAUGAUUCUUCCGCAAUAUCUACACUAACUGAAUCUAUGAUAUUUACCAUAUACAAGACUGAGCGGAAACAGGCUAAUAUUAGUUCAGCAAGAUUAGCAGAAAUGAAAAAUGCUUUACGUCUCUUAGCCAAAUAUAAACAUUCUGAUAGAUUAAAAUUUUAUGCCGAUUAUGAACCUUAUUUUUCAGCAUCUCAAGGUUAUAACACUUUAGAAGUUGAUGAAUCUGUUGAUGAUGAUAUUAUUCAAACUGCUUAUACAAUCAAAGUUAAUGAUGCACCAGGAUUGAAAAUUGAUUGUGAUAGAGCUUUAUUGACAGUAGCCACUCGAAGAAAAAGUCUAGCAUUGUUUAAAUUCUUAUUACAAGAAUGUCCACAAUUUACUGAAUUUUAUGGAGUAGAUCGGUUUGAUUAUUUCCAAGCAUUAAAUACUUUACAAGUGAAUGAGAAUGCUACAGAUGAAACAAUUUUAGAAAUUUUCCAGCAACGUUGGUCUAAUGAUAAAUCAUUAGAUUAUGACUCAAUGUUAAAUUUACAAUCAGCUUUAUCGAAAAUUGCAUAUGAAAAAAAUUCCAAAUUAAUUUCAAAUUUUAUUGAUACAGGCAUAGUCGAUCCAACUUGUUUACCCGUUGAAAAUUGGCCAGCUGGUUUAAAUAAUAUUGGUAAUACGUGUUAUUUAAAUUCUUUAUUACAAUAUUAUUUUUCAAUUAAACCAUUACGUGAUUUUAUUUUACAGUACCAAAUGACAAUGAAACAUUUUCAAAAUGAGAUUGUCUUAAAUAAACAAUUGGAAAAAAGAAGAAGAAUUGGUGGUAGGGAAGUUAACGAAUUAGAAGUUGAAAGAUCUGUUCAAUUUAUUUAUCAAGUUCGAGAUUUAUUUAAGGAAAUGAUUUUUUCACAAAUGAGAUGCGUUUCUCCAAGACAAGAAUUGGCAUAUCUUGCUUUUAUGCCUAGUAAUAUUGAAGUUGAAUUUGAAUCUGCUUCGACAGAGGAUGAUAUGGGAGACAAAUCUAAUGCUCAAGAUGCAGUUGUUCUUCAAGACGAAGCUAAGAACGACACUGAUAUUAAUCUUACUGAAGUAAAUUUGAUUGAUUUGGAACCUGCUACGAAGGUAUCUACAUCCAAUGAUCAACCUACAAUGGAUGCAAUCGAAAUUCUCACUAACAGUGAUAAUAAAUCUAAAGAAUUAUCCAAAACAAACCCCUUUAGAGAAGUUUCGCCAAAUGAAGAUAUAACAAUUUCCACACGAGUGGCUAAGAUUAGUAGUGAUCAAUUAGAAAAUGCUUUUGAAAUGGGGAGACAACAAGAUGUCACGGAGUGUAUUGGUAAUGUUCUUUUCCAAUUAGAAACAGGGUUUGACCCAAUCUCUCUUGACAAUGAAGAUAAUGAACAAUAUGAUUUAGUUAAAGAAUUAUUUUAUGGUAAAACUAAACAAAGUAUUAUUCCUUUGAACCAUAAUUCCAAUGAGCGUAUUAAAGUGGAAAGAUUUCUAUCAUUGUUAGUCAAUAUUACAGAUCAUCCCAAAGAUAUUUAUGAUGCAUUAAAUCAAUAUUUUGCGGAUGAAUUUUUAACCAUGGAAGAAUACGGUGAUGUUAAAAAGACACUUUCUAUGACAGAAUAUCCCAAGAUUUUACAAAUUCAAAUCCAACGUGUUUAUUAUGAUCGUGAAAGAUUUAUGCCUUUCAAAUCUAUCGAACCAUUACCAUUUGAACAAGUUAUUUAUAUGGAUCGAUAUGCUGAAUCUAGUGAUCCAGAAUUAAUUUCCAAGAAAGAAGAAACUGCGCAAUUGAAAUUAAAAUUGAAAGAAUACAGAGCAAGACAAAAGGAACUCUUGAGCAAGAAUGAAUUGGGUCUUUCUAGAAAAGAAGCCAUGAUGGAAACCAUUAAAUUCUUGAAAUCCCCCGUAAUCUUAGAAAAUGGUAUUGAUACCACAAAUAAGGAUGUUUUGGUAAGAGAAUUACAACAAUAUGUGGAUGGAAUUAAUAAUGAAUUAUCGAAUCUUUAUAAUAAAAUUAAUCAGCUACAAAACCGAAUUGAUCAUCAAUUUGAUGAUUUCAAAAAACUAGCAUAUUCAUUAUUUGCCGUGUUCAUCCAUCGUGGUGAAGCUAGUUAUGGCCAUUAUUGGGUCUACAUCAAGGACCAUUCCAAAAACGGAAUAUGGAGGAAAUACAACGACGAAUCUGUCACUGAAGUCCCAGAACAAGAAGUAUUCAAUUUUACAGAGGGUAAUACUGCCACACCUUAUUUUCUGGUGUAUGUGAAACAAGAUUCUCUGUCAGACAUUGAACCUUUAAAAAGAAUCAUUCAAAACACAGAAAACUAG